AUGGGAAGUAAAGAGCAACAAAGGAGUCAUAUCUACAACAAUGUGGACUUUUACUGUGGUUGGUGUGCCGGCUGCAUUGAGACGAUAAUUUUGUUUCCACAGAGUAAAUUAAUAUUCAGACAGCAGUUAUUCGGGUUGGCUGUUAAAGAUGCUGUCACUCAAGUAAGUUUUAUUUGUGUCUUGGGUUUUUCGAAGUUUAGGUCAAAUCAAGAUCUUAAUUAAAGUAACAAGACUUUAAUUUUAGUUAAAAUCAGAAGGAAUGGGUUUAUUAUACAGAGGAUUGUUACCUCCACUGAUCAUGCGAACAUCAACAAGGUCUAUUAUGUUUGGUGCUUUUGACAAAUACAAAGGCUUGUUGAAUGCACAGGACAGACCAGGAAUCGCUUCUUCACUGACUAAACGCCAUGCUGUAGCCGCUUUUUUAGGUAACAGUUUUGUUUUAUUCGAUAAGAAAAGCUUAAAAUGUUGUUCCAAAGUUAAAUCUUGUUCAAAAGGUCUGUAAGACUGUAUUUAAAUAUUCUUUGUAUACUUUCUAACACUCAUGCGUUUUAAUGGCUGUUUUUGUUAAUAUUUUUAUGCAAUUUAAUGAUAUUCUUUACAGCCGGCUGUACUGAAGCUACGCUCUGCCCUCUGGAGCGGAUACAAGUGCUGCUACAGACUCACCAUUAUCACGGCCACUUUAAGAAUACUAAAGAAGCCAUAAAGUACGUGUACGGGUUUGGGAUUCACGAGUUUUAUCGUGGACUGUCACUUGUCGUAUUACGAAACGGACUUUCGAACUCGCUAUUCUUUACGCUACGAGAACCCCUGAGGCUAUUAUUCAUUGAGAAGUUGAAUCUACAAAAGUCCUCGAUGUCAGCGGCCACAUUUAUUUCGAACUUUGUGUCUGGUGCCAUUCUCGGCGCCUCGAUAUCAACCUUGUUCUUCCCGGUUAACGUGGUCAAACAUCGACUACAAUCAGAACUAGGUACGACAUUUCAAUCGCCAAUCCGAGUGUUUCGAAUGGUUUGGGAGGAGAGGAAUCGAUCUCUGAAGGGCCUGUUUCGAGGAGUUCAGAUGAACUUCACCCGGUCUUUGAUUGCCUGGGGCAUUACCAAUUCGGUGUACGAGUUUCUGUUGGAGGCAUUCCGGUGA